AUGGCGACGAUGGAGGAAACGACCAGGCGGCUCAAGGAGUCGAGGCCGCCGGCGACGGACAGGUUCACCUACCUCACCAUCAUGGAAAAGUCGCUCUCCCCGGAGAUUCUCCCGACGCUCGAGGAGAUACUCGAGGACGUCGAGCUGACGAGCGACAUCGGCUGGGACCUGGUCGAGAUGCUCAUCCCCCUCGCGGGCAGCGAAAACUGCCUCGAGACCAUCGCCCGGCUCGGCAACCCGCGCGAGGUGAUACUCAAGGUGCUGCAGGUCAUGGACACGACGGCGGGCGAGGGCGGCGACGGCGCCGAGGGCAACAGGGCCUUCGUCACGCUCUGCGGCAUGCUCGGCAUCCUGCACGGCCGGCUCCAGGUCAAGGAGCCGUCGCGCUUCCUGCACACGACGCUCGACACCGUCUACAGGUCGUACGAUCCGACGAGCGCGGAGACGACGGCGGCCGUCAUCGCCCUCGUCCGCUCUCUGUCGGGCCAGAAGCGCCCCCUGCUGCCGUCGAGGCCGUCGAGCACGAGGCCGGAGACGGCCUUCCGCGAGAGCGACCCGGCGAGGAGCGCGCCGGACCCCGAGGCGGACGCAUCGGACAAGGUCGGCGCCGACGAGCCCGAGCUGGCCAGGCUGCUGCUCCAGUCGUUUGUGAGCUGCGUCAUCGAGGCCUACGUCAACUCGAACAACAUGGAGUGGGCCGCGAGGCUGCUCGAGUACACGUACCCGGAGCGCAUCGUCCAGGGCCGGAUGACGAUGAUGCAGGCCUUCAAGGAGACGGACGAGCUCGGCGCGAGGGAUGCCCUGGUCGGCCAGCUUGUCGCCGCCGCCGGAGACGUCGGCCUGUCCCGGGUGCCCUUCUCGAAGCUCAAGGAAGCCGUCGACGGCCCCGUCUGCAAGGAGCCGCUGGCCAUGGACUUUGACCCGCAAAGGCCGCAGGACGUGAAGCCGUCGACAGGCGGGCUCAUCUGCCUCGUGGCCUACUGCAUCUUCGCCGCCGACGUCUUCGACGCCGACCAGCCGCUGCCGGAGAUGCACCUCUUCCCCGACCACGACCUGCUGAUGAAGCAGUUCCUCGGAGACGACGAGGACCCGCAGGCCCAGGUGUCGGAGAACCCCGGGACGGUGGAGGCGCUCGUCGCCGUGGCCAUCUGGCUGCACGGCCGCGAGCACCUGACGGCCGGCGCCGGCACCGAGGCCAACUUCAUGUCCUACCACCACACCCUCACCCUCGUCUCCGUCUUCCACCCCAACGUGCGGGUCCGCAACGCCGCCACCGUCGUCGCCGGCCUCGUCCUGCACGCCGACCCCGACGAGGAGGACAGGCUCGGCAUCCUCGAGGACCUGCUCGAGAACUGCAUGUUCUCGUCCCUGCAGGCCUGCGCCGUCACCUGGCUGCGGGAGGAGAUCAUCGCGGCGAGGAAGGCCGAGUCCAAGGGUCGCUUCAACAGCCCCGACUGCCUCGAGGCGCUGCAGUACACCCUGUUCCCCAGCCUCACCCACCUCAAGGAGGCCGACACGGCCGCGCUGAUGGACUUUUGGGGCCAGACGGCACCGCUGCUCCUGCAGGCGGCCAACUUUGCGCUGUUCCUGUACGGGGGCACCGAGUACGGAAACAUCGCGCCGGCCGGCAUGGCGGCGGCCAUCGAGCACCGAUACGUCGAGCCGCUGCAGCAAGCGGCCAAGUCGUUGUCGGCCGAGGUGGCGAAGGAGGGCCUGGAAGCGCAAACGGCCGACCCGGAGAUGCUGAUGCAGCUCGGCAUCCUGUCGGACACGCUCUCGAGGGUGCCUCUGCAGUAG